AUGAGUAGUUUAGAGGAUUUAGAGCAGGCUGUGUCACAGUUAAGUUCAUCAUAUGAAAGAGAUGUAACUGCUCUGGAGAGAAGAAUACAGCAGUACAGAAAUACAAGAUUGAAUGUGUCUCCUGCAAGUGAUAUUGAAUUAGUUUCUUCUACCUCAAGGGGGGCAUGUACGCCUACACUAUUUUCAGAAACAGCAAGUACACCACUUAGUACACAGAGCAGCAAUCAUAGCAUGUUUUGUACAAAAAUAAAUCAGAGGGCAACCUCAACUCCUGCUUUCGGAUUGUUUGAUCCUGAUCCAACAUUUAGUAGACCUGCUUGUACUCGAGUUGAGGGCGAUCAAGUCAGGAGUACAGUUGCAGAAAGUAGUAGACCUCAUGGGGAGGUCCCACCUAGGCCAUCUAGGGUUAGUUUUGAUGUUCCUGCUGAGAGAACGUAUACUCGAAGUAGAUAUGCUAAGCCUGUUGCUAUGCCACCUAAAUUUGAUGGUGAGGGCAGUUUAGUGGAUUAUAUGGUUCAGUUUGAAGUGACUGCAGAAAUAAAUGGAUGGAAUGAAAAUGAGAAAGCAAGAUUUCUUGCAAUUAGUUUAGGUGGAAAGGCCAGGGAUAUUUUUGGCACGUUUCGAGCUGAUGAUGAUUGUUUAGAUAAAGCACUACGACAGAAAUUUGAUCCUCCUGAACUAGCAGAAAUGUAUAAGGUCCAGCUGCGGGAAAGGCGUCGUAAGGCUGGUGAAAGUGUACCAGAUUUUGCUUCCUGCAUACGAAUGAUUGUUGAUAAGGCUUAUCCAACGAGCAGUGAUUUUAUUAAAGAGGAAAUGGUCAAAGACCAUUUCGUUCAAUAUUUUGGCAAUGGGCAAAUGCGCAUGCUAGUAAGCCAGGCACGCCCACGUGAUUUGAACUCAGCACUUCACCAUGCCAUGGAACUGGAAGCUAUCAAAUGUUCGGAUCCGGAUACCCGAACGGCUUCUGUAACUAAUGUCAAGGACAAACCGGCAAAGAAGUCGACAGAUUUAGGGAAUAAAGAAAUGAAGGUGUUAAUAAUGGCACGUUCGGAAGAAAUUAAGUUGUUGAAGCAGAAAGUUGAGACAAAAGGUAAUGAGUCAAAACAGGAUGAAAUUUAG